AUGGACCAAGACCAGCGCGCCAACGAGCAGGGCGACUGCGAGGCAGGCGCCGAUGAGCUUCCCUAUGGCGGCGGCGGUUCUAGCGGGCAGUCGUCACAGGCCUCGGCCGAGGCGAGGCCAGACUUGUUCGACCACGGCUCACAGGCGUCCGAGCUGUCCGCGCCCGUCGACGACCCGAAGCUGCCGGCAGCGCAGGGCGUGCAGUCGCCGGCCGAGGCGAGGCCAGACUUGUUCGACCACGUGCCGGCGGCGCAGGGUGUGCAGUCGCCGGCCGAGGCGAGGCCAGACUUGUUCGACCACGGCUCACAGGCGUCCGAGCUGUCGGCGCCCGUCGACGACCCGAAGCUGCCGGCAGCGCAGGGCGUGCAAUCGCCGGCCGAGGCGAGGCCAGACUUGUUCGACCACGUGCCGGCGGCGCAGGGUGUGCAGUCGCCGGCCGAGGCGAGGCCAGACUUGUUCGACCACGUGCCGGCGGCGCAGGGUGUGCAGUCGCCGGCCGAGGCGAGGCCAGACUUGUUCGACCACGGCUCACAGGCGUCCGAGCUGUCCGCGCCCGUCGACGACCCGAAGCUGCCGGCAGCGCAGGGCGUGCAGUCGCCGGCCGAGGCGAGGCCAGACUUGUUCGACCACGUGCCGGCGGCGCAGGGUGUGCAGUCGCCGGCCGAGGCGAGGCCAGACUUGUUCGACCACGGCUCACAGGCGUCCGAGCUGUCCGCGCCCGUCGACGACCCGAAGCUGCCGGCAGCGCAGGGUGUGCAGUCGCCGGCCGAGGCGAGGCCAGACUUGUUCGACCACGUGCCGGCGGCGCAGGGUGUGCAGUCGCCGGCCGAGGCGAGGCCAGACUUGUUCGACCACGGCUCACAGGCGUCCGAGCUGUCGGCGCCCGUCGACGACCCGAAGCUGCCGGCAGCGCAGGGCGUGCAAUCGCCGGCCGAGGCGAGGCCAGACUUGUUCGACCACGUCCCGACCGGGCAUCUCUUGCAGAUGCCAAAGUCGUCGACGCCGCUGUAG